UCUCCGUCAAAGACGAUCAUUGUCCACAAGGAUCAUCAAAGCUGCAGAUCCACCCUCAUACUUGACAGAAACGAUGGGUUCAUCUGUAGGGCUCAGAAUCCGCCCUCGCUGUUUGGGGAUUGGGAUAGUGUCAGCUCGCGAGCACUUUUAUCACACUUGACCCCUAGGAGGCGAUGCAGGCAGGAACCGGCUGCAGUAUCAAGCGAGCGGCAAGUAGUUUCGUUCUGUCAUGCAAUCUAGAACCUGAUAUUCGUCUGUGUCGGCUCAUACUUGUUCCUUACUGAUGUAAUGGACUGAUCUUCAGUAUGAUCUUGUGUUAGGUCAUGUGGCCACACUGCGAUCCCAUCUAAUUUCUAUAUGGACCACAGGCAUCCAGCAUACGGCUCGCCUUCUUAACCAAUAUAUUCAUCACACACAUCUCGCUUGCGAAAGAGCUCAUUCUUUCAGGAAAUGCUCCGCCCACCAUUCUCGACUGCGCGCAAGUCAACCGACGAGGCCCCUGUUCAAGGUGAUUCUAGUAGCUUGAGCCUGGAGAUCGAUAUCACUGAGCCAGCUUUGUUCGCCCCGGCCUUGUCAGACAAGCCAUCGGUUCUCCGUGGUGAAUGCCGGUUGAAGGUGAAAGAGGCCGUGACGGUGAAACGACUGACCGUCAAUCUGCGCGGAACGAGUUAUAUCGUAUGGCCACAUGGGAUUCGAGAACACCAUCGAGUGACAGACAACACAUUGACCCUGCUUGGACCAAAAUCGGUACAGCCGGCACUUCCGUGCUACGUCGACUCACUACAAGAGACAUCGUCGUCCCCACAAGCGCUCCAAGGGACCGCAUUAUGGAAUGCGAUUUUGGCUAGAGUGGGCACAAACAGGCGUGAAGAGGAGAACACAGGGUCCAAAUAUCAUCGACUGACACCUGGGACCCACAUAUACAAUUUUGAGAUGGUCCUGCGCUCACAGCUGCCUGAAUCUAUUCAAGUCCGGCAGAGCCGGGUUCGGUAUCGGGUCCGAGCCUCCAUCGAACGACCAGGCUUUUUAAAUCGCUCCUUUUCCCGGAGCAAACCCAUUACUGUCGUUCAUUGUUCCGCAGAUAACUUUGUGGAUGAUGCCGAACCGAUCUAUCUCGCUCGAGCUUGGAAACAUCUGUUACAGUCCGAUAUACUAGUUUCGAGGCGAGGCGCACCUCUUGGGGACCUUCUACCUGUCACCGUGUCAUACACAGAACUAGGCCACGCCAAAUUUCGAGGGCUGCAAGUCUUCGUCUCAGAAAACGUGCAAUACUAUCAGCGGGAUGGUCUAGGUUGUUGCAGUGGCCCUUUCAAACGAAAUCUGAUCUACGAGAAGAUGGCAGGACCGGUAUCAACCAAAGUGUUGAGUCGAGCCGACACGGACGAGCACCCAGCAUACAUCGAAAAAGACGAUUAUAUCACCGCUAAGACGGUCGGGGAUGCCGAGGCACGAAGCCGAUCGCUGCACGAUGGCGACACCGAACACACCGAAUUAGACCUCCAACUUCCGCUACCCGUUUGUCAUCUUCAUUCCGACCCCACCAGGCCACAGGGCAUGCAUUUUGACACCCGGUACAAGAACGUCCGGAUCAGCCAUUGGCUCGAGCCCGACAAUAUGAACCCGAAGAAUGAGCGCAUUGUGCAGAAAGUUGCCCACGUCCCACUGGCACUACGCUCUUGUUACGCUCAGCAAGCGAAUACUUCGCUGCCGGCAUAUUGCUAAGGCGGUUGGGUGGCAGCCAAUGGUACGGUCGGGAAAGCCUCGGAGU